UGUGUGAGCGCCGGCGGGCUGCGCGCGGGAGCGGGCUCCGGUGAGGGGCACGUGGUGAGGGGCGAUGUUGAGCCCUGAGGCGCGGAGCUUGAGCUGCUGCCUUCCCGGUCUUCAGGGCCGGGCAAGGGUAUAGGGAACUUUGAGCCGGUGGACCCCGGGUCUUGUUGGUCUAAGGCUGGGCUCUCCCCAGUUCCCGCGGCAUCAGAGGCGCUUACAGAGGCAGCCCGAAUGAGUGGGAGGUGGCCUGACCCGACCCCCACCCGCCUGUCUUCUGCACUAUUGUGUCCCGGGAUCUUAAGUGCCAUUCCCCAAGUUUUGAGUCUGGGGACCCUGGGGAAACCCCAGGCCCGCGCCAGGAGUUCUGUGAAGGGGUUUCCGUUUCUGGCAACCAAUGUGCGUGAAAGGCUAUGCGGGGACUGGUAGUGGAGUGUGCGCACGCCCCAGUUAACACUCAGCUGCACCUGUUCGGAACGCACCGUUCUGUUUUUUGGCGGGUGAGAGCAAAGAGAAGGGGACAGCAGUCGGGCCUGGAGUGACUGCCUAAGAAGUUGGGCGUGUCCUCUGGUGGUCAUGCGAGGCUUGAGUAUGCGCAGCUACCUGAUGUUACCAAGGUCUUCAUAGGAUCCAGCCCGCUGUGGCAUGGAGUAUAGACUGCGGGCUGCGGGAGGAUGCAGGAAUAUCAGGGUGGAAGCUGCUGUCAGAGUUUAGGUGACGGUUACUGGCCCAGAGUUCUGGCUUAGGUGUCAUUGGAUUCUGGAUAUGUGUUUUGAAAAAGUGACCACUGAUUUCCUAAUGUGGACCAAGACAGGGUGAAAGGGAGGCUUCAGGGAUAUCUGUAGGGUUUUUGUAUCUGCAGCUGUAAGAAUGGAAGCUCCAUUGACUGAGAUGAGGGAUUUGGUACUGUGAAUGAUGUUGGUGGGAGAUUUUCUGGAGAGCUCUGAGUGGAUGCGUUGAGUGAGCAGCCAGAUACACCAGUCUGGAACUCUGCGGAGCGGUUCAAAGGGAAACAUCUAAAAACAUCAUGGCUACUCUGUGGGCCCAGGUGAGUGAGCUGUGUGGGUCCCAGUUGUGAGAAGUUGUGAGUCUUCUGGUUGUGGUGGUAAAGGUGUUACGGUGCCAGGAAGUUGGGGGAGGAAGGAGGACUAGGACUGGAUACUUAGAAGAUGGUAUGACUUCGAGAUGAGGGAUGUGAGUGGCUAUGAAGGGAGAGUGUGUCAGGAAUAGGAUACUUGGGGAGGUGGCCAAGGUUUUCAGUGGAGGAGUAGACAUGAGAAGGACACAGAAGCUCAGAGGACAUGAUGACACUCGGGCCUGUGCUGCUGGUGCUUCUCCAAUUUGAACUCCAUCAGGGUUUUGUGAGGACUGUGGUAGGGCUUGGGGUGUCUCAUCCUGGAGGAAUAAGGUCACGUGUAUGUGCUGAUGUGAUCAUCUGUGAGAGUCACUAAGCCUAGGGUAGGCCACCAAGGAGCCUUGCUUUGGAAGAGGGUCGGAUGGACAGAGGAAGAUGGUGAUUGCUGAGUGGUCACGUGCUGCACAGGUGGAGGAGGACCUUGUCUGGUGCAAGAUGCAGUAACUCAAGGCCUGGGUGUAAGUUCUCCUCCACACUCUUCUGCUAUUGGGAAGGCCUCCUACUAAUUAAACAACUUUUUCAUCAAAGGUGCGUUUCCUGCUUAUCCCUUUGGAUGGGUUUCAGUGCCCUGCCAGCCCAUGGAGUUACUCAGACAAGCCAAUCCCAUCCUCUUACAGGAACCUCACCCUCUCAAUCCUAUGAAGCUUGCAUUCCACAGCUCCUGGUUAUUCACUCUUUUUCAGAGUGCCACCCCAUGUGGGCCUGUGUGGGGUGUGGUGUCCCUCUUCGAGGCUGUGAAUAUCUGUGAUCACUAAAAUGUUGUCCGUCUCCUCUGUCUAUGGUCAGGUGUCAUGUGUUGACCAUCCCCAUAACCCUAAGGUGGGACUCCUGCCCUUAGCAAUGGGGUGAAGAGGAGGUGAUAAAAAUAACAGUGACGUGCGGGGGAGCCCAGGGAGAUUUCUGUGAUGCGGGACAAUGAGAUGUGGUGACAAUAGGCAUGUGGCUGUGGAAUUCAGGCUCAAGAACAAUGUGUACUUGGGGAGGGAGUAUGCCUUACUGAUGCCAGGGCCCUGGUUUUCAGCAGAAUAACCCAGAUGGCCAGGAGGAUCCGUCUGUGCCAGGUCCACAACUUAGAUAUUCAGUCAUCUACCUGCAUCUUGUUUCAGCAGGACCCUCUGAUCAGUGGGCCCACGAGGAGACAGUGGCAUCAUGGCAUCCAGGCACUGGGGGUGACCUUUGAAGACGUGGCUGUGUACUUCUCCUGGGAGGAAUGGGGUCUCCUUGAUGAGGCUCAGAGAUGUCUGUACCAGGAUGUGAUGCUGGAGAACUUGGCACUUAUAACCUCCUUGGGCUGCAGGCAGGGAGCAGAGGAUGACGAGGCACCUGAGCAGAGCAUUUCUGUACAAAGAGCGUCGCAGGUCAGGACUUUGCAGGCAGUUGUGUCUCCCCAGAAGGCCCAUCCUCGUGAGGUGUGUGGCCAGGACUUGAGAGACCUUUUGCUGUCCAGUGAGCACCUGGCAACACUUUGUGGACAGAAUCUCUACAGUAUUGGGGCACACAAGGGACAGUUGUAUUUCGAUGCAGACCUUCCGCACCAGGAGCAGCACACUGGAGAGAAAUGCUUCAGAAGCAACAUGGGCAGAGCUUCUUUUGUGAAGGACUACAAAUUCUGUGUGUUAGGGAAACCCUUUUCCUGUGGGGAGGUGACAUCUUGGCCUGUGAGGGACAUCUUGGCCACCUCGAGAUUCCUCCAGCAUCAAGCCCCACCCAACAGGGAGACGUCAUACAGGAGAACUGAGUAUGGGACGUCCUCCCAUGGAAGGAAACUGCAACGCAGCUGGGCAGAAGGCACAAAGGACUUCAGUUGCAAACACACACUUGCUUAUCACCAGAGAGACCUCACUAGAGAAAGAUGCUUCAUGUGCAGUGAAUGUGGGAAAUCUUUUAGCAAGAGCUACAGCCUCAGGGACCACUGGAGAGUGCACACUGGGGAAAAGCCUUACAAGUGUGGGGAAUGUGGGAGGUCGUUUCGGCAGAGCUCUAGCCUCAUUCGGCACCGGAGAGUUCACACUGGAGCAAGGCCUCACGAGUGUGAUGAAUGUGGCAAAUUAUUUGGCAACAAGUCUAACCUCAUUAAACAUCGGAGAAUUCACACUGGAGAACGACCGUAUGAAUGUAGUGAAUGUGGGAAAUCCUUCAGCGAAAGCUCUGCGCUCCUUCAACACCGCAGUGUUCACACGGGAGAAAGGCCUUAUGAGUGCAGCGAGUGUGGAAAAUUCUUUUCCUACCACUCCAGUCUCAUAAAACACCAGAGAGUUCACUCAGGAUCAAGGCCCUAUGAGUGCAGUGAAUGUGGAAAAUCCUUUACUCAAAACUCCAGCCUCAUUGAACACCGUAGAGUUCAUAGUGGAGAAAGGCCUUUUAAGUGCAGCGAAUGUGAGAAAUCUUUUAGCCAAAGCUCUGCACUGCUUCAACAUCGGAGAGUUCACACUGGAGAGAGGCCUUAUGAAUGCAGUGAAUGUGGGAAAUUCUUUACUUACAGUUCUAGUCUCCUCAGACACCAGAGAGUACACACUGGAUCAAGGCCUUAUGAGUGCACUGAGUGUGGGAUAUCAUUCACUCAAAACUCCAGUCUCAUUAAGCACAGGAGGAUUCACACUGGAGAAACACCUUACGAGUGCAGGGAGUGUGGGAAAUCCUUUAGCCAUAGUUCUAGCCUCAUUAAGCACAGAAAAGUACACGCUGGAGAAAGGCUUUAG